UCCAAUCCUCCGAACCCUCUCCUCGGACUCUUCUUCUCCCUCUCUCUCUCUCUCUCUCUCUCUCUCUCUCCUCCCAUCGCCAUGUCGCGUCUCCGCCCCUCCUCGCGCCGCCUCCUCUGGUGCGGCGGCGCUGCCGCCGCCGCCGGAAUCUUCCCAAAAUGCCCACACCACCACCACGUCCUCGGCCGCCGCCUACUCUCCUCCGCCGCCGCCGCCGCCGCCGCAGCCCGCCGCCUCCUCGACCCAGCCCCGCUCUCCCCCGAUCCCAUUCGUGUUCCACCACCUCGCCCCCUCGGGGGCGCUUUGGGGACCCUCCGCCGCCUCCACACGUUGCCGGAGCAGGUCUCCGGCGCCGGCCUCGGAGGCGGGGACAAGACCUUCGAGACUAUCUGCAUCCACGGGGUCGGCGCGAGGCCUCUCGUGGUGGAGAACGUGGCGGCGGCGUCCGGAGCCCUAGAGGACGACGAGGAGGAGGAGGCUAGGGUUAGGGUUAGAGAAUCCGAGGUGGGAGAAGAAGGUGCCGUAACCCUAACGGAAGAGGAAGCUAAAGUCAAAGAGGGUAGCGGCAGAGACGCGAUUUUGGACGGAUCGGAGGUCGAAUCGGAGGCGAGGAGGGAAAAAGAGGAGUCGGCGACGGAGAAGGAGGCGUGGUGGCUUCUGAAUAGGGCGGUGGUGAGCUACUGCGGGAGCCCGAUUGGGACCGUGGCGGCGAACGAUCCCGGAACGGUGAACCAGAUGCUCAAUUACGACCAGGUUUUUAUCAGGGAUUUCGUUCCCUCCGCCAUUGCUUUCCUCCUCAAGGGAGAGGGCGAGAUCGUUCGCAAUUUCCUACUCCACACCUUGCAGCUUCAGAGUUGGGAGAAAACUGUGGAUUGCUACAGUCCUGGCCAAGGGCUAAUGCCUGCUAGUUUUAAGGUUAGAACUGUGCCUUUGGAUGGAAGCAACGAAGCGUUUGAGGAGGUUUUGGACCCUGACUUCGGAGAAUCCGCUAUUGGGCGUGUAGCACCUGUUGAUUCUGGACUUUGGUGGAUUAUUUUGCUGAGAGCUUAUGGGAGGAUUACUGGAGAUUAUGCGCUGCAAGAGAGGGUUGAUGUACAAACAGGCAUUAAAUUGAUUCUGAAUUUAUGUUUAUCAGAUGGAUUUGAUAUGUUUCCUUCUCUAUUAGUCACUGAUGGCUCUUGCAUGAUUGAUCGACGGAUGGGCAUUCAUGGGCACCCUCUUGAGAUCCAAGCUUUGUAUUAUUCAGCUUUGCGGUGCUCCCGUGAAAUGAUAUCAAUCAAUGAUGGAUCUAAGAACCUCGUCCGCGCUAUUAAUAACAGACUCAGUGCUCUUUCCUUUCACAUCAGGGAGUACUAUUGGGUGGAUAUGAAAAAGAUCAAUGAGAUAUAUCGUUACAAAACUGAAGAGUAUUCGCAUGAUGCCAUUAAUAAAUUCAAUAUAUACCCAGAGCAGAUUCCUUCAUGGCUAGUUGAUUGGAUUCCUGAAAAAGGAGGAUACCUGAUCGGAAAUCUACAGCCGGCCCACAUGGAUUUUAGGUUCUUUUCACUUGGGAAUUUGUGGGCCAUAGUCUCUUCUCUAGCCACUGAAAGGCAAGCGAAGGGCAUUCUCAAUCUUAUUGAAGCCAAAUGGGAUGAUCUAGUAGCAAAUAUGCCUCUUAAAAUAUGUUACCCUGCUUUGGAGUACGAGGAAUGGCGUAUUAUUACUGGGAGUGAUCCGAAGAACACCCCUUGGUCAUACCACAAUGGUGGAUCUUGGCCGACGUUACUAUGGCAGCUCACACUUGCCUGCAUUAAGAUGGGCCGACACGACCUAGCUGAGCGGGCUGUCUCCUUGGCCGAGAAGAGGCUAUCGAAUGAUAAGUGGCCGGAAUACUACGACACCCGAUCAGGGAGAUUCAUCGGUAAGCAGUCGCGCUUAUACCAAACAUGGACGAUAGCCGGAUUCCUCACCUCCAAAAUGCUUCUAGAAAACCCGGAAAUGGCUUCGAUAUUAACAUGCGAUGAGGACCUCGAGCUUCUGGAAGGUUGUGCUUGUUGCCUCAGCAAAAGUGCUCGGAUCAAGUGCUCCCGCUUAGCUGCCCGAUCACAGGUCCUUGUUUAAAAGGUGGCCAAGUUUACCACCCCUACUUUUCUUUUUUCUUUUAAAGAAAUAAAUUACAGUGUACACGAGAGGAAAAAGAAAAAUAUAUUGAUAGAGGUGUUUGAUUACUUCGAAAACAACAAAGGGAUUCGUUUGUUCAGGUGAAAGUGGUUCACUUGCAUGUUAGUAUCUGUACAUUAAAUUUUCUUCUUGCCGGAUAUUUCUGUAAA